AUGUACAAUCACACGAUAAGCAGCAGAAAAUUCCAUGCUGGAAAAUUUGGAGCAUCACGUUUGCCUCACGAAUUACACCACAAAAUGGCUGGCAUAAUAAAAGAUAAUCUUGGCCGAGAAAAGGAUAAGAAAGAUCGAGAAAAAGACAAGGAAAUUGACAAGAUGUCCCACUAUCUAAUAGCUAUCUGUGAAGGAAUUUCUGAGGACAUUAUGAAAUGGACCGGAAAUUAUGUGAAAAAUAUCAAAAACUCAGAUUUGAAGAUAAACUUGGCGAAUUUGAAGAUUGCACUAAGUGCGGAUAAGGCACUCAUGCAGUUGUCAAAUUCGCUGAGAAAUGAUGACGAUGAUCAGUCGCCCGGAGGAUUCUUGUCAAAUUUCUAUGAGUUUGAUCUGGAUGAGUCCGACGAAGAAGUAGAGCAAAAUACUACUUAUGAGUCGGUGGGAAGACUUUUUCUCCGGAUUGCUAGCGAUUUUCUCAAAGAAGAAAGGUUGUAUCUUCGGGAGCUGAAUCAAGUCAAUGUAUUCAGACGCAGACUGGAAGCUGUCUUGCAGGAUGAGGAUAAGAUCUCUGUUUCCCGCUGA